AUGUCAUUACGUGAAGUAGGCUCAACACGUUUGAAACAGUUGGAACAGUGUUAUUUGAAUGUGUCACGUGGUGAAGAUGUCUUCUCCAUUGAAUCACUUAUCGAUGCUCUCAUAUGUUUAUUCGAUGAGUGCUGUAGUUCAACGUUACGUAAAGAGAAAAAUAUAGCCGAUUUUGUUGAAUAUGUAAAACCAGUAGUAGUGAAAGCGAAGGCAUUACGGUUAUGUCGAGAAGAUUUCGAAGUACUCAAAGUAAUUGGACGUGGUGCGUUUGGCGAAGUGGCUGUCGUACGAAUGCGCAAUACCGAGAGGGUAUAUGCGAUGAAAAUACUAAACAAGUGGGAAAUGUUGAAACGAGCUGAGACAGCAUGCUUUCGAGAGGAGCGAGAUGUCUUGGUACAUGGAGAUCGCCGAUGGAUAACUAAUCUUCAUUAUGCCUUUCAAGAUGAGCGAAAUCUGUACUUGAUAAUGGAUUACUAUGUGGGUGGUGAUUUACUAACAUUGUUGUCGAAGUUCGAAGUACGAAUACCAGAAGAUAUGGCACGAUUUUAUAUUGCUGAAAUGGUACUUGCUAUUGAUUCGGUUCAUCGAUUAGGAUAUGUACACAGAGAUAUUAAACCAGAUAACGUAUUAUUGGAUAUUAAUGGCCAUAUCCGUUUAGCCGAUUUUGGAAGUUGCUUGAAAUUGCUUCCCGAUGGGACUGUUCAUUCUAAUGUUGCAGUCGGCACACCUGAUUAUAUAUCGCCCGAAAUACUGCGAGCAAUGGAAGAUGGUCGUGGACGUUAUGGUGCAGAAUGUGAUUGGUGGUCUCUUGGUAUAUGUAUGUAUGAAAUGCUCUAUGGAGUUGCUCCAUUUUAUGCUGAAAGUUUAGUGGAAACAUAUGGAAAAAUAAUGAGCCAUCAGGAAAUGUUAGAUUUUCCGGAUGAUAUUGAUAUUUCGGAAGAAGCGAAAGAUUUAAUGAAGCGACUAAUUUGUCCACGUGAAACACGCCUUGGCCAAAAUGGUUUUGUUGAUUUUGCUUCGCAUCCAUUUUUUGAAGGUAUUGAUUGGGAAGCUAUCCGUGAAAUGGAUACGCCGUAUCGUCCAGAAGUAUCAAGUCCUACGGACACAUCAAAUUUCGACGUGGAAGCAUGCUCACCAGAUUUCACGCCUUGUGCAAGAUUUACUUACACUCAUGACAGCAUGAUGUCGGAUUGCAAGAGUUUAUCGCUAUCAGGAUUAGAUUCAAGUGCUGAUUCAUUACCAGCCUUAACGGCUGAAGCAUAUGAAAGGAGAAUACAAAGACUUGAACAAGAAAGAACGGAACUUUCUCGGAAAUUUCAAGAGGCAAAUCGUUUGAUACAGACACGUUUUCAUGGUUCAGCUCCUGAUGGUGAGACAAUAAAUGAUUUAACAAAAUACGAACAAACUAUAGCUCAGUUAAAGGAUGAAGUUCAGAUCUUGAAAAAACGCUUAGUGGAAGAAAACAAUUCAUCGAUGAGGCCAGCAAAGGAUUCAAAUCAAGAAGAAUUGGAAAAGAACAUAAAAGAACUGAAAGAAAAGAAUCGACAAUUAAUUUUGGAUAAACAGGAUUUACAACGGGAUUUGGAAGAAACAUCUGAGAGGCUGACAAUACAGACGAGGGAACUAAAAGAAGCUGUGAAGCAUCGAGAUUUAGCUAAACAAGAUUAUGAUGAACUUAAUACGGCAUUAUUAGAUGAACGAGAUAAACUGAAACGUUCCGAAAAAUUAGCCAAGGAACGGGAGUCAGAACUCUUUCAGUUGCAGCAGAAGUUAGAUGUGUUUAAAUUGGAACUUCGAAAACUCGAAAGUGUUCGAAAAGAAAUGGAAGCAACAGCAGAACGUGCUCAUCAAGAUUUGUCAAGCGAACGUUUGUUACGUGAAACAUUACAAACAAAACUUGCAUCGCAGGAAUCGAAAACUGAAAGUGAAGAGGUUGCACGAUUAACAUCCGAGUUACAAAAAGUAAACGUGCGUUACGCAGAAAUGGUUGAUUCAGAGGAGAAAAAACGUCAGCAAACUGUGGAAUAUUGGAAGUCACAAAUGAUCGAUCUGCAGAAUACUUUGGAUCAACAGCAAAAGGAAUUAGUAAAACUGAAAGAACGCCACGAUAAGGAGAGAACAGAAUGGCGCACAAAACAUGAAGAGCAAAUAGUUAGCAUUGAAAAUCUUUAUGAAAGAAGGUUAAAAUUGUUGGAAGGAGAAAAUUCUCGGCUUGGUACUGAGAAUGAUGAGUUGAGAAAUGAUAUGAACAAAUUACAGUCGGAAAUCAAAUCGCGAUUGUCAACAGCACUUCCAUUUCCUAACACGUCCGGUCUUACUGAAAGUCAACUUCAAGAAUUAUUACAAUGGGUUAAUGAUGAAAAAGAUGCAAGAGAUUCACUGCAGAAUUUGGCAACUCGCCUACACGGGGAUGUGGAAUCACUGAAAAUACAACAAUCAUCAUCAACAAAUAAUGCUUAUUCAAACGGAAUUCCAGUAGCGGCAAGCGGACCGGAGCGUGGUGGUUGGGGAUCACGACGAGUGAAUAAGCAAACGAAGAUUGAGCUCUUAGAAGCUCAACAAGCUUUACAAUCAGAAAUACGUGCUAAACAGCAGCUUUUGGAAGAACUUAAAAAGAUCCGAUCUGCAUAUUUAGCAACAAAACAGCGUUUAGAUGAAUCUGAUAAACAGAUUGCUGAGCAAAAUCGUGAAAUCGAACGUUUAACUGAAGAAAAAGAACAACUUUCACGAAUUUUAACGCAGCAUUCUGAUUAUCCUGACCAGAGCAGUUCCUUUUUCAGUGUUGUUGGUGAUAUUAACAAUGAUAGGUUAUCGUCAGUUCAAAAUGUCUCGAUGUUAUAUCGCGAAGGUUUCGAUAGUACUUCUUCUCCAGCUAAUGGAAGUGAUUAUGAAAUUUCAAAUAGUUCAUUGAGACGACAUCAACAAUUGAAGCAACAGUCUUUUAAUAGCAGUAGUUCACCGGCAUCACUUCCAACUUACGAGAAUACUAGAAUUCUUACGCCAACACCGAGUACCGCUUCAACGUUGGUUAUGGGCACACAAGGACGAGGAGCCAGUCCAAAAGUUAUUCAGACCUUGAAUAAUGCAUUAAAUGGUAAAGGUCAUCGAUUUUCUCAUAUACACUUGCAAACACCAUCGAAAUGUGCUUAUUGCACAUCAAUUCUGAUCGGUUUGGAUCGACAAGGACUCUUUUGUCAAGACUGUCAGUAUGCUUGCCACGUCGCUUGCUUGCCGAAAGUACCGUUGGUUUGUCCGGUUCCGCCGGAAGCAAGGAGGCCACUAGGUAUUGAUCCGCAAAGAGGAACAGGCACUGCUUAUGAAGGAUUAGUUAAAACGCCGAAACCAUCUGGGGUUAAACGUGGUUGGCAGUCAACGUAUGUUGUUGUAUGCGAUUUCAAGUUGUAUUUGUACGACUGUAGCACAGACAAAAAUGGAAAAGCAAUCGAUAUUCAUCCAGUUAUCAGACAGGUUUUGGACAUGCGUGAUACGGAUUUCACAGUAACGGGUGUUACGGAAGCCGACGUUAUUCAUGCAUCAAAGUCUGAUUUACCGAAAAUAUUUCGCAUAACAACAAGCCAAAUUCACGGUACACUGCCAACAUCGGGUAUCAAUACAACGGGAUCGACAUCAAGUAACGGAAGUGCUUCAUCGGAAGGACCUGUUUCACGGCAAUACACUCUUCUCAUGGCAGAUGAUCCUGAUGAAAAGACGAAGUGGGUAAUUGCAUUGAAUGAAUUAAAAAGUCUUCUGCGUCGAACAAAACUCGUUGAUAAGAGUGCUUUUAUAGUUAAGGAAGUGUUUGAUUCGAUAACAUUUCGUGACCUUAGAAAUGCGCAGUGUGCUGCAAUUAUAGAUAAAAGCAAAAUUGUUAUGGGUUUCACAGAUCAUGGUUUAUAUGCGGUCGAUCUGGAUCGUGAGUCAAUAACGAUAGUUGGUGGUGAGAAGGAAAAUAAUAAACGAACAGUCGAACGAGUAGAGUAUAAUGCAGAAGAACAGCUAUUCGUUGUACUAGUUGGUCCACAAAAAGAUCGUCAUGUUCGUCUAAUACCGAUGGCUGCACUUGAUGGCCGUGAUUUGAAAUGGAUUAAAGUAGCAGAAACAAAAGGUUGUCAUCUGAUGACGAUGGGUGCUGGUAGCUCAAGCGAUCCAUGUCAUUAUUUCUGCGUUGCAAUCAAGAAAUCGGUACUUGUUUUUCAAAUCGAUCGGAGUGAAAAGAGGCAUCGAAAAGUUCGAGAACUGGCAAUGCCCGGACAGCCGCAAACAAUGACAGUGAUGCGUGGUAAACUGUGUGUUGGCUAUCCUUCUGGUUUUCGCAUGUGGGAUCUCGUGGAUAACACUACUACUGCACUGGUAAAUUUCGAGGAUUCUUCACUUCAAUUUCUUAAUCAAACAUUAUAUGAUGCUCACUUAAUCAUUAAUGUUAGCGGGUAUGAGCAGAAGGAAUUUCUUUUGAUAUUUUCACGUCUUGGUGUUUACGUCGAUGCGCAAGGUCGUCGAUGUCGCUCACAAGAAUUGAUGUUUCCGACAGAAGCGUCAUCGGGUGGUUUUGUCUGUAUAAUGCCACAUUUGUGUGUUUAUUCGGCUAAUGAAAUUGAUAUAUUCAAUGUGAAUAGUGCUGAAUGGGUGCAAACUGUUAAUUUGCACAAGGCAUUUCCGUUGACGAGUAACGGGUUAUUGACAAUGUGCAUGGUGAAUGAUAUGCCAUAUGUCGUAUUACUUUCGGAUGUACUCUCAGAUGAAGACGCAGUAAAUAUUCCAGUUUGGACAUCGUCCAGUGUUUCGAAUGCGUCUACACUUUCUCUCAAAGGUAUGGCUGCGAAACGUCGACGGAAAUUCUCCAUACGUACUUCACGUGAUGAUGAUCGACAUGGAAGAAUUGGUGAUCGCCGAAGCCAGUUACCAAUCAGCGGUCCAUCUGAUUUUGUCCAUAUCGUUCAUAUGGGUCCUGGAGCAGGAUUAGAAUUACAAAAUUUAAUGGAUUUAAAACAACUUGGUCCUGCAACUCAUUCUCAAAACAGUGCGUUUGUUGGAACCGGUACUGCUGAUAAGCUAUUCACUCGUUGUCAACUUAUUAACCCGAUAAUGCGUUCAAGCAGUACGACGACAGCUAAUUUGCAUGGUGCGCAAACCUUAAAUAAUAUUUCCCGACGUGAUUUUAAAUUGAUGCAAUCCAAAACACGUCCAUUGAGUUCGCAUGGCAAAAGCUCAGAUGGUAAGCUUUGA